AAAUAAUUUUGAUUUGAAAUUUACUGAUGCGCAUUCUGGAUUCCCCAGAGGAGUUAUUGGCAAGUUAGGGAAGGAGAUGGCUCUGGCGAAAUCAACUUUCAGCAGCACUUUCAGCAUGGAUGGAAUGAAUCCACCCUUGGAAAUCAUAAAACCUAUACUCAGUAUUGUACUCCUGCGGUACUUUAGACCUAGCUACCCGCAGAGGUGGUACCAGUAGACUGUACCAUACUGGUACCACCACUAGCUAGCUUUAAUAUUGAGUUCCUUGAAUACUGGAUCUCUGAAGCUUUUAAUUUGUACGGUGAGGUAUUGUCCGGUGCGGUGCGGUGGGAGAGUACAAAAAUCGUCAACAAAAAUUCUCCGCAAAAUACAAAAAGACUGUCCACUGAUAAUUCAGAAGUAAUACUAAUACAACACUAAAAGUGUUCGGGGGGAGUGUUCAGGAGAAGUGUUCGGUUGCAGUGUUUGAGAGAAGUGAAACCAAAUUUGCAGAGGAAUGCGAUUCUCAGCUUGCCUUUUGUUAAAAUAUGGGACUGUACGGUACCGCAACGGGUCAACAUCCAAAGCCCCACCGUACCGUUACGCAUGCUGACGUCAUCUCAACUCGCUCCUUAUCCUCUACCAGCCCUUCAUUUUUUGCUUGCUCAUUGACGUCCUCAAAACCAACACAAGCACCUUCAUGUUGUCACCCGUGUUAGUUUCUUCAUAGCAAUUACCCGCCGUCUGUCUCGCCCGUCUCCACCAUGCCCCGCCCUCCCUCGUCUCUUGGUCGCCUGUUGUUAUCUGAUAAUCCCAGCAGGAGAAUCCUUCGUCUUCCCUUGACGACGACGACGACGAGAAGGAAACGGCCUUCGAAUGAACCAUGGAGCACUCGGAUAAUGGCCAUGUCCUCUACACCGGUAGCAUCUUCAGCUACUAGCAGUAGUGCCGUCUCCUUGUUCCCGACACAACCAGUGGAUCAAAGGUACACCAUCAGCGAGACUCGGACCGUCCCAUCUCAUAUCGUCCGUCCUCCUUAUGCGGAAACGGGCAAGGUGCCAUCAUCCUUUUUCCCCGAACGAGUCCUGAUUCACGACGAUGCAUCGAUUCAACGCAUGAGAGCAGCGGCUCAAUUGGCACGUCGAACUCUAGAUCUGGCUUGUGCACAAGCCAAACCGGGACUGACCACGGAUGAUCUUGAUGACAUGGUCCAUUCCGCCAUUAUCGAGAAGGGUGCCUACCCUUCGCCGCUCAACUACGCGGGAUUUCCAAAAUCACUCUGUUCAUCUGUCAAUGAGGUCAUCUGCCAUGGGAUUCCCUCCACAUCGAGGGAAUUACAGUUGGGUGAUGUCGUGUCCUUUGACGUCAGUUGUUAUCUCAAUGGAGUGCACGGAGAUAAUUGUGCCACUGUGAUUGUCGGAGACGAAGAUGACACAACCGGCGAUGACGACAAAAACACCCCGUGCGAUUGGAGAGGAGUCCCCUACAAAGCGAAUUUUGAUUCCGACCAGGAAAAGGAACACUUGGAACAAGCCAGAAACUUGGUCCUGAGCACACGUGAUGCUCUGUAUGCUGCCAUUGAGAUGUGUCGCCCCGGAAAUUGUCUUUCGGACGUUGGAGCUGCCAUUCAUCACGUUGCCGACACUACCGGUUACUCAACAGUACAAAAAUAUCGAGGACAUGGAAUUGGUCAUCAGUUCCAUUGUGCUCCCUAUGUCAAGCAUUUCCGUAACAGAGACAGGCUCGAGUUACAACCUGGAAUGAUUUUCACCAUUGAACCCAUGUUUACAAUGGGAUCGGAGGAAUGUUUUGAAUGGGAAGAUGAUUGGACUGUUGCGACAGUGGAUGGAUCCCUUGCAGCACAGUUUGAGCAUACCAUUUUGAUCACCAGAGAUGGUCCACCAGAGAUUUUGACGUUGCCUUAGUUGUAAUCAAAUUUUACUACUAAGAAGUACAUGCGUGAGCUAAUCGAUCAAUGACUGUGGCCAUGAUUAAGUUGAGCUGAUUCCACAUUCAGCAGCCUUUGAUUGGACUAGCUGGGAAGGUAUGAUCGUAAUCGCCGGGGCAGCAUUAAAAACUGGCCAACAGAAGUGAUCCUAUUCAGGCAGUUCCUCUUUACGGUGGGGUAUGCGCUGAAAAUGAGAGAAGAUAGCCCAUUGGAUAUGAUGUGACAUGCUCUUCAGGUGGUCAUCUGGACAAUCUGAAUUGGGUUCAAGUGGUUGCCUUGGGAUGUACAAGGUAGAGAUGCCAGGAAGCUGCUAUGAAUGAACAUCCUGAGUAAUGUAUUUCGAACAGAAAUCUACUGUAGGUACCAGGUAAUGGUUUGAUGAUUCGAUUCCAACCCAAGCUACAAACAACGAAAUUUAAAUUAACGUACUACGCAAAAUUUGCUCUGGGUUCCUUCUCCCCUCUGGAGCCCAUUCAACUAAUCACUUUUGUGGGUACCG